AUGGCCAUGGAGAGCGGCGCAGAGGCCGCGGCGGCGGCGGCGGGCUACUACGGCGGCACCUGCGGGUGGGAGACGCCGAAGCGGGAGGAGUGCCGCAUCCCGGCGACGCUGCCCUGCCCCGCGGCGCCGAGGAAGGCCGCCGCGGACUUCGGCACGCCCCGGCGUCCGCCCAAGAACGGCUACUUCCAGCCGCCUGACCUCGAGGCCCUCUUUGCGCUGGCCCCGCGCCGGCAGGCGUCUUGCGCGUGA